CAUUGACAAUUACGUUUUGUAACACAAAAAUUUAAAAUAUAUACCUAUGUUGAGUUUGUUAAAAAUUACUUAAAAUAAUUCAGAAUCAACGAGAAAUUAAUUUUAAUUACAGAUCACAAUGAACCCUAUGACAAACGUAAAAAAUGUAUUGAAAUUAAGUGAACGAGAGCUCACCGGCAACUCGAAGAGUUCCUGGCAUGAUCAAUACAAAGACAGCGCUUGGUUGUUCAUAGGAGGUUUGCCUUAUGAUUUGACUGAAGGAGAUAUUAUUUGUGUUUUUUCCCAGUAUGGAGAAAUUGUCAAUAUCAAUUUAGUGAGAGAUAAAGGGACAGGCAAAUCAAGAGGGUUUGCAUUUAUUUGCUUUGAAGAUCAGAGGUCCACUAUCCUUGCUGUGGAUAAUUUAAAUGGGAUUAAGAUUUUAGGUCGAACAAUUCGUGUGGACCACUGUGAACAGUACCGUGCCCCAAAUGCAGAUAUGAGCAAAGUUGAUGAUCUGACAGCAUUAGUACGAGCAGAAGGAUGUGCACCAACACUUCAAAUAGAUGCACCUGUUAAACAGGAAAAAGAGCACAAAGAAAAGAAAAAGAAACAUAAAGAGAAGAAAAGCAAAAAGAAAAAGAAAACCAGGAGCAAAUCUGAUUCUGAUGCUAGUUCAAGUGAUAAAGAUAUUUAGCAUUAAGCAAUGAAAUAUUUUGUAAUUAUGAACAACUCUUUUCACUUUAAUGAUAAAAUAGAUAAGCUAAUGGGUAGUUAUAAAAAUUGAGAUUUUAUAAUAAUGGUCAAAAUAUUGCUUCAAAUCAGAUUAUCUAAAUAUAUAAAAAGUCCUGAC